CGCCCGCGCGCGGGGUGUGUGAGGACGCGCUCUCGGUCGCUGAGUGCCAGAGCUAGGGAGCAGCAGUUGCUGUGGUACCUGCUGCUACCAGGGUGGACGCUGAGCAUCGGACGCGGGGCGCUGCGCUGCGGGACGGGAAGGUGAAGUCAUGACGUCCUCCAGUGAAAAUGUGCUGUUUGGAAUGGGAAAUCCUCUUCUUGACAUUUCUGCUGUAGUAGACAAAGAUUUCCUUGAUAAGUAUUCUCUGAAACCAAAUGACCAGAUCUUGGCUGAAGACAAGCACAAGGAAUUGUUUGAUGAACUUGUAAAAAAAUUCAAAGUUGAAUAUCAUGCUGGUGGCUCUACCCAGAAUUCAAUUAAAGUGGCUCAGUGGAUGAUUCAGGAGCCACACAAAGCAGCAACAUUCUUUGGGUGCAUUGGGAUAGAUAAAUUUGGGGAGAUCCUGAAGAGUAAAGCUGCUGAAGCACAUGUGGAUGCUCAUUACUACGAGCAGAAUGAGCAGCCAACUGGAACCUGCGCUGCAUGCAUCACUGGUGGCAACAGGUCCCUUGUUGCUAACCUUGCUGCUGCCAAUUGUUACAAAAAGGAAAAGCAUCUUGAUCUGGAGAAGAACUGGAUGUUGGUGGAGAAGGCCAAAGUGUACUACAUAGCUGGCUUUUUUCUUACAGUCUCCCCGGAGUCAGUAUUGAAAGUGGCCCACUAUGCUGCUGAGAACAACAGGAUCUUCACUCUGAAUUUGUCAGCCCCGUUCAUUAGCCAGUUCUUCAAGGAAUCCUUGAUGAAAGUCAUGCCUUAUGUUGACAUCCUCUUUGGAAAUGAGACGGAAGCUGCCACUUUUGCUAGAGAGCAAGGCUUUGAGACUAAAGACAUUAAAGAAGUAGCCAGAAAGACGCAGGCUCUUCCGAAGGUGAACUCCAAGAGGCAGCGGACCGUGAUCUUCACGCAAGGGAGAGAUGACACUAUCGUGGCUACAGAAAAUGACGUCACUGCUUUUGCUGUCUUGGAUCAAAACCAGAAAGAAAUCGUUGACACCAAUGGAGCUGGAGAUGCAUUUGUUGGAGGGUUUCUCUCUCAACUGGUCUAUGACAAGCCUCUGACCGAAUGCAUCCGCGCUGGCCACUAUGCAGCAAGUGUGAUCAUUAGGAGAACUGGCUGCACCUUUCCCGAGAAGCCAGACUUCCACUGAUGGGAGAAGGGAAACUCAGGCUGGGCGGUACAAGCUGCGGUGACCACGUCCUGAGCGUUCCUGCCAUAGGAAAGAGUAAACUCCUCUGCUGUCUCUGCCAACCAUGAUUCUCAUUCAUUUAGAGGGCUCGGUACUGCUCCUAGAACCUUUGGUCUCCGAAAUCUGGGGGGAAAAUGUUUAUUUCCAUAGUUUGUUAGUGCCUCUUAAAUGUCAAUAGGAACACAACAUUUCAAUAGAAAUUUUUAUUUCAUUUUUGACUGUAAAUUCAUCGGUAUUUAGUAAAUGGAUCGGUUUUUUUGUUUUUUUUUUUAACAUUUCUGCUUUAAAUACAGGUGCAAUUUAAUAUAAUAGACUUUUUAAAGAAAAUAAUGCUAACAUCAUUCUUGAGCUUUUUAUAUGAAUAUAUUUAAUUUGGAAGUGUGUAUGCACACACGUCAUAUAUAUAUAAAUAUAUAUAUAUAAAUUUACCUGAUAACUGGUCAAAUAAGGUACAGAAAUGUUUAUCACACCAAAUUAUUCCACAUAAGCUCUUCAGUGUGCUUCAGACAUAUGAUGGACUUGGGACAACUGAUUCCCCCAAUAUUUGCAUUAUGUUCUUCGAAUCAUAGCCUUGUGCUUACUUAUGGUACUCUGUAAUUUGAUACAAAUAAAUUACCAUAUAAGAAUCUUUUCUGUCUUGGCUUACGCUCAAUAAAACUAAGGAAGAAAUUGUUAUUUA